AUGAUUCAUUACCGCGUCUAUGCCAGAGUCAGCAAAACAAUUACAUCAGCAGGUUUUCCUAGUUAUGUUGGGAAAUCAUUUAAUAAUGUACUUCCUCAUACACAAACAAUUCAGAAAUGGUAUGAAAGUGUUGACUGUGCCCCUGGAUUUAGCAAAGAUGCUUUAGUUGCUCUUCAAAACAAAAUGGAAAGGGCUGAAAAAAUUGGUCAUAAGUUUUCUGGAUAUGUCGAUUUUGGAGCAGAUAUUGCUGAUGAUAGUACACUAGAAGCUAAAGAAGCUUUAGUUAUUAUGGUAAAUUAUGUAAAUGGACAUUGA